UACGAACGUUAAACGUUCGUUUACGGUGCACAGUUCGAUUUGUUUUGGUUUGUGCAGACUGAGCUUUGUCACUGGGGGCCCAUGUCCACCGCGGGACGUUAACCUGGUCGUUGCACAUUUUUGACUCAUUGGCCAAACCCCGGAACAACUCCUCCUCCGACGUCUGUGCUUCGCCACCCCCCCCCUCUCAGGCCCGUGGCCUGCCUCGUAUCUCCGUUAUCGGACCCCAGACGCUGGCCUGCUAGUUAGCAAACAAGCUAACGAUUGCCAAAUUUCCCCCAUGUCCUCUGAAGAAGGGCUGAGCUCAACGAUCACGGAUUGGCUUUUCAUCAAUUCCUGGUGGCUUCUUCUGCCAUUUGUCAUGCUUCUCGUGGUCGCUGCCUUCAUUGUUGCCUUUGUGUUGCUGCUGUACAUGAUAUCGCCUCUUAUUAGUCCCAAACCUCUGAAACUGAACGGGGCCCACGUCGUGGUGACUGGAGGCUCAAGUGGGAUUGGGAAAUGCAUUGCAGUUGAGUGCUACAGGCAAGGAGCCUUCAUCACUUUGGUGGCGCGGGAUGAGGCUAAAUUACUUCAAGCGAAGAAAGAGUUGGAGAAAUUUGCCAUCAAUGACAAACAGGUGGUGCUCUGCAUAUCAGUGGAUGUUUCCAGUGAAUAUAGCCAGGUGGAAAGUGUGAUAAAGCAGGCUCAAGAGAAGCUGGGGCCUGUCGAUAUGUUAGUGAACUGUGCCGGGAUGUCCAUUUCUGCCAAGUUUGAGGAAAUGGACGUGGACCGUUUUAAAAAACUGAUGGAAGUGAACUACCUGGGCAGCGUUUACCCGACACGAGCCGUCAUAACCACCAUGAAGGAGCGAAGAAUGGGCCGCAUCAUGUUUGUGUCCUCCCAGGCGGGCCAGAUCGGCUUGUUUGGAUACACCGCCUACUCCCCGUCCAAGUUUGCCCUGCGAGGCUUAGCAGAGUCGCUGCAGAUGGAGAUGAAACCAUACAAUAUCUAUGUGACGGUGGCCUACCCCCCUGACACUGACACUCCGGGAUUGGCUCAGGAAAACAAGACAAAGCCCCUGGAGACCAAAUUAAUCUCUGAAACCUCUGGAAUUUGUCAACCAGACCAAGUGGCCAAAAUCAUUGUUCGGGAUGCAGUGCAGGGGAACUUCAACAGCUCUGUGGGACCCGAUGGUUACAUGCUGUCAGCCCUCACCUGUGGCAUGUCACCCGUUACCUCCAUCACAGAGGGCCUCCAGCAGAUCGUUACCAUGGGACUGUUUCGGACCAUCGCUCUCUUCUACCUGGGGAGCUUUGACAGCAUUGUGCGCCGCUGCAUGAUUCAGAGGGAACAGUCGAAAGCAGCUGAUAAGAGGGAGUAACGGCAGCCUUACCUUCGUCACAGCCCAAUGCCCCCCUCCUCAUCUUCCUCCUCCACCACACCCUUCCCAUCCCACCCCCUCCUCCAGCUGUACAAGUCCACAACUAUAGGUGGGGGGGGGGGGGGUCUUUUGGUGCAUUUCUGAUAUGAACAGGUGGGAUGAAAGGAAGUGGCAGAUGUUUACUCUUUGCUUGUCCAGUGACAUAACUCCUCCAUAGACUUGAGUCAUUUCCAUUUUUCAAUCCUCUCGGAGCAUUCCAGUGACUUUUCAGUUUCACGUGUCCACCUGCUUCUCUUUGUAGAAGCGGCUUUAUAUUAAGAGAAUGAGGGCAGACCAAACAUCCCGCGGCCUGGUUUUACAGCAGGUAGGCUUUGUGAACCACUGACUAGAUGUCAGGCCUCCACUUGCACAGUGCUGGUUUUGUUUGUUUUUUGCACAGAGAGGAAAAGCAACGGAUCGUCUGUCUGACCGGUUGUGCCAAUUAUGGCUUAAAGUUGCUUCCCACCAGGGGCUAUCGUGAAAAACCAGAAUAGUAACUCUCAGCUUUUGUCGUUUUGUUUUACACAUCACAAAGCUAGGUCCACCGUGUAGGGAUUUCAGUGUUCACUAAAUACGACCCUUCCUCUCUACCUUUUCAUACCACAAGUCUUUGCUGGCAAAGCAGCUACCUUUUUGAAUGAAUAACCUCUUGUUUGAAACCAGUUGUGACCCACAGUGUUUUCUUUAUGUUGUGGGAUGUUUUGUUUUUUUGUGUGAACCUAGCCUAGAUGUGACACAGCAGUACUCUGCAGUUCUUUUAAUUUAAUUUUACUAUUGCAAAUACAACAUUUCCAGAAAAUAGCAAUGUUCAAACAUUUUAGACGCAGUACGGGGGAAAAUAUUUUUGUGUGUGUUUUUUUUGCUGUGACUGAGCCAAACCCCCUUAGGGAGAGAAAAGCCAUUCGAUUUUAUCGUCUCGGGAUUAAACUCACCAAAUCGUUUUCUCGGCAUCCCGUCUUAUUUAACCGAGAACGGAAAGCAGGUACUCUGGGUUGAAGCCAUGAAAUCAAAAGAUGAAGAGACAAAAAAAAAAAAGACCAGCACAGGUAAAUACAUUUUCCACCUGUGAAUCACCUGUUCAUCACCUGUUCAAUACACUUCAUAAAAUA